AAAGCUUCACCACUAAUAUGUCCAAUCGGUAGGCAAGAGUAUGAAGUUCGUUUCAGUUCCUGUGGUGCUGUUGCUCUUGGCAGGCCAAGCAGCAUGGGGUCGAGAUAUACCUUUGCAGCGAGAUAUUCCUGAUGAUGCUCCAGUAGAUGUUCCGGAAAUCGUUGGAUUUGCCACUGGAUGCGCUAUUCCGCUUAAUAAUGGUUUGCCGCAGCCUCAGCCACUGUUCCUUAUACCGGACACGGACCAGUUCCGGUAUCCAUCCACCUCCAGUGGUGUGCUGACGUUAGACGCGGGUGAAACGCUUGAGCUAGCCUGCUCGGCUGGAUUCUCACUGUACCCCUCGGAAACUUCCAUUAAGGUGACGUGUGUGAUCGACGAUCAGUUCAACUACGAGAGCAAAAUGUACAGCUUUAGUCAGUUCUCCUGCACGGCUAACUGGCGCAGUGUGGCACGUCGCACUACAAGCCGUUGCUACAACGAUGCCACGAUUGUGGAGAUUGGCUUCGAGUUGGGGGCCCGUUUUCCAAAGAUACUUGACGUUUGCCACGAUGAGGUGACGUUCGACAAUCACUACGUCGUGCACGAGUUUACACCGGCGAGUGCGGGCUUCCAGGCGGGAGUUCCUCGACCAGGCUGGAUACAGGGAAACUUCUACCCGGGCGUGACCGUAAACACGCUGUACACGGUUAACAUGCAGCGUGAGACGAUCGCAACCAUCCUUAACUCACAGUCCCGUGCCGAUGAGCUGGUGCAAACAACCAACAAUGGUAUCUAUAUGGCUCGGGGACACAUUGCGGCUCGAGCGGAUUUCGUGUACGCUACGCAACAGAACGCUACCUUCUGGUUCCUGAAUGUUGCCCCGCAGUGGCAGAACUUUAAUGCAGGCAAUUGGGAGCGCAUCGAGUCGUCGGCCAAGACAUUCGUUGCGUCUCGCAAUAUUAAUGUGCGUGUUUAUGGAGGAACUUGGGGAGUCCAGACGCAAGCCGAUGGUAAUGGAGAUCAUCAAGAGAUCUUCCUGGACUUUGAUGCAAACGGACGCCGGCGGGUACGUGCACCGAUGGUGUACUACAAGAUCCUGCACAACGAGGCCCAAAACUCGGGCAUCGUGCUGAUCGGUGUGAACAAUGUCCACAUCUCGCUGGAGGAGAUCCGCCGGGACUACAUCUUCUGCACCGAUGUAAGCAGCCGCAUCGGGUGGAUCAAUUGGGAGCGGGAAAACCUAUCCCGCGGCUAUUCGUAUGCAUGUGAGGUUAAUGAGUUUAAUCGCGUCACUGGCCAUCUACCACAACUGAACGUAGCGAGUCUGCUGUUAUGAGCAGCAGGAAGAAUCGACGUAAAACAACAAGAGGUGCAAAUUUGAACUAGUCCAAAGUACUUAAUCAGCCACCCGGGGGUGGUAUUGAAGCAAUAAGAUAAACGUCCUAUUGACGUAGCAGACCUCCUCAUUCGCUUUCCGCUGGGUGGUUAAUGAACGAUGAUAUCUCUGCGGAAGGGUUCGAAGGCUUAUCAAGGAAACCCGCGUGCAGCGUACACACUACUACUCUCAUUUUACACGCUGCUGAUAAUGAGAAGCACAUGACUUGCACGCGAUCCAAAAUCCUGCUGGGUUAAGCGAUAAGCGGCUCGGUAUUGUUUAUAUAUUGAUGUACUAUCUCAUAGUAUGUGUGUUUUUAAGAUAAAGAUCAAUCAUUUCUUUCUUUA